AUAUAUCAGAAAUAAAAUAAAGUUUUGGGCCCAAGAGUAUCUUAGUAUAUAAACACACACGCGUUCUCGUCUUCUCCGUCACACAUUGAUUUUGUUUUCACUGCUUAUCUCAACUUCUCAUCAUCAUGGGUUUGAAGGAGGACUUCGAGGAGCACGCUGAUAAAGUCAAGAAACUCACCACGAAACCAUCUGACGCUGACUUGCUCAUCCUCUACGGUCUCUUCAAGCAAGCCACCGUCGGGCCAGUGGACACCAGCCGUCCUGGAAUGUUCAGCAUGAAGGAAAGAGCCAAGUGGGAUGCUUGGAAGGCCGUUGAAGCAAAAUCGACGGAUGAGGCUAUGAGUGACUACAUCACCAAGGUGAAGCAACUUCUGGAAGCUGAGGCUUCUGCUGCUUCAACUUGAUGAAUAUAAUAUGAUUCACCAAAAGCUCCACUGCAAUAAUUCCAUCUAAGUUUCAAUAACUUAGCAUAAGACUUUGUUCUUGUUGCUUCUUGUGUUUCUCUCGUUAUGAAUCUAUUUUGUACUUUGUGACUUUCGUCUUGAUUUAAAAAAAAAAUCCUAUCGUUUUUUUUUCUU